AUUUAUCAUUAUUUAUUUAUUAUUAAAUGGAAAGUGCGGCUGGUGAAAAGAAGACGGGAUGCGUUCAAGAAGCAAAAGGCGGAUUCACGUUCCCAACUGUUCGUUAGCUGUUGUUGCUGAAGCGCGAUCUGACAGUACGGGUGAAACUGUUGUGAAUGCAGCUCUUAUUAGACGAAGGAGUUGCCCUCUCUGAACAGCAUCACAUUUAUGAUCCCCUCACACUAGAAAGAUUUUAAAGCUCGAUGUGCAUGUUGCUACGCUUGAUGUUACUUUGAUGCAAAAUACAACCGUUGUGAAUAAUUUAACUUGACGAUGCGGGAGUCGCUCUGAGCUGUAAUUAUCCACGGAUGGACCUGGUGGUGCCUGUCGGCUGAGACAUCGUUCACAAUCCUCGUUGAAACUGACAGGAUGGUGGAGCGGUCGGACCGAGCCCCUCUGCUGGACUGGGAGGAGAUUCCGUCCGCGGAGAAGGACCGACUGUCGAGCCCCUCCAACAGCCGUGCCUUAUCCGGAUCCUCCUCGCCUGGGUUUGGGUGGAGCAGCGGUCCGGGGGGUCCCACUCCCAGCGCAGACGGCUGCAGCGCCCCACCCGCGACCUCCAGCACCCCGGCGGCGGGCACGGAUGAAGCGCUGCACCCCGACAAGGGGGAGCGUCCCUCGGAUUCAGGACCGAGGGAGGUGCCGCUGGAGGACAGGAUGGUGAAAUGGGAGGAAAAAGACCAGAUUGUGUCGGUCUUUGUGGUCACAUUCAACACCAGAUCAGGCAACAUGCUGGAGUGGUGUCUGCCCAAAGACAUGGACUUGGAGGGAGUCGAGUUCAAAGCCAUUGCCAGCGGCUCCCACCGAGUAACCACAGACUUCAUCUACUUCCGGAAGGGCUGCUACUUUGGCCUCGCCUGCUUUGCCAACAUGCCGGUGGAGAGCACGGUGGAGAGGGGGGCGAGGAUGAAGUCGGUAGGGAUCCUAUCUCCGUCUUACACCUUGCUCUACCGCUACAUGAGCUUCCUGGAGCACCAGGUCAGGCUCCAGCUUCAGUCCCCAGGCCACUAUUCUCCCCUGGAGGCCUUUUAUGAGGACAAGAGAGCACUUCUGCCCCCCAGUGGUGAUGGUGUUGUUACUACAUGUCCAGCCAACGCAUGGGGAGCUGCAAUCAACCACAGCAUGCACCCUGAAAUGAAGAUCACCCACCCGGCCGGCUGUAUGUCCCAGUUCAUCCGCUUCUUUGGGGAGCAGAUCAUGGUGCUGUGGAAGCUGGCGCUACUCCGCAGACGCAUUCUCAUCUUCUCCCCUCCGCCUGUGGGUGUGGUCUGCUACAGGGUGUACUGCUGCUGUUGCCUGGCAAACAUCUCCAUCCCCGGGGUCGGCGUGGCCGUGCCCGAGUUCCGCCCCUUCUUCUAUGUUAAUGUGGCCGAUAUCAGCGCCCUGGAGAAUGAGCUCUCCUACGUAGCAUGCACUACUGAGAAGAUCUUUGAGGAGAAGAAGGAUCUGUAUGAUGUGUAUGUAGACAAUCAGAAUGUAAAGACCUACAGAGACGGACUCAAGCCGCUGCUCCGCCUCAGCACUGCAGACAGGGAGAAAUAUCGCAAACUCACCGAGCAGAGGCAGAUGCUGCUGUACUCCCAGGAGGAGAAUGGAGACUGUGUGUCCAGUGAAGAGGAUCUUUUUAUUCUGUUUUUCCUGGAGCAGAACAACAGGAUUUUCCAGACCCUGAGUGAGGUGGCAGGGAGCCCUGAUCCCACACUGACCCAGGAGAGUGUGAGGGCCAUGGGCCUUGAUCCUCAUGGAGACAGGCUCUUCCUGCUCCACCUGCUGGAGAUCUACGGCUACGACACCCUGCUGGUGUCGGAGCAGCUCUGCUGCAGCUGAGAGAGAACAGAUGACUGGCUUUCCACCUUUCAUCACUGCUGGUUUUAAAAGAGUUUUCUUGAGCCAGCUCUGAGUGCUGCACUACUGGCUUCUUGGAGUUCUAUAGUCAGGAGUUAUUUGAGCCUCCAGAAAUAUCUCUGGCAUAACUUUUUUUUUUGUUGUAUAUCUCCCUGUGCUUCUGUGGUUCUGCUCACUCACAACCUGAUUGGAAAAACAACAUGUGGUCAUUUCUUGUUGACGCAGCCUCUUGGAGAUCAACUCACCCUUAAGAUGGACACUUGGGUGACUUGAUACAGCUGCAGUAUUUUAACACUGAGCAGUCAGCUGUGUUUGAAGGCCACGGAUGGCAGCACCAAAUACAAGAUGAAGAUAGAAGAAAUACUUAAGUGGCCCGAACUGUACUGGGGCAUCAAGUUGGAUGAACAAAACAGAAGACUGGAAGUGUGAAAGUGAAAGAGAGGUAGCCUUCUUGUAAAUAAUCCUGUUGGUUUCUUUAUGUACAGUGUGUCAGCGUGUGUGUGAUAUGGGGUACCAGUGUUGCUAUCCUUGUAUCAAGUGCUGGAUUUAAACGUCCCAUUUUAAGCCUCUAUGUCCAAAUCAGUACCUCCUUCCUUGAAAAAAAUAUCAUGUGAUUACUCACAGGUCAAACGCAUAUGUCUGUACGCACUGCUGUUUAAGUGACACUUAAUGCAACAAACGACCAGUUGAUGGAUUUUGCCCUAUCGGUUUAUUUCAAUUUAAUGUUAAGACUAAUCAUUUUUAGCCUGAGCUGAAACCAAAUCCGAUUUUCAAAUGAUGUCCAACAGGCAAAGGUGAUGUUGAAAUAGAGGAAUGUUGCUCCCUGACUGUCACCUGGGCCUGCAGAGAAAUAAGCUGUUACAAAGACUCAGAACUGUUUAGUCUUUUUUCCAGUUGUGUUUUCAGCACUAGCAUCACAACAAAGACAGAGCUGCAGGAAGUGAGCUAACAACUCCAGUUGAUUCUCUUAAUUCAUAGAAACUGAGUUGGUUUUUUAACAGCUAUUACA